GAUGAUGACGAUGAUGCUGAUGAUUCCCUCAUCUUUCUCAACUCUCCUUCUCUCUCUCCAACUAGGCACGACGCCACCGCCGCAGGAAGGAAUCGAGUAGCACAAAUGGCCGCCGCUUCUUCCUCUUCCUGCUUGGCAACUCGUGAUUCUCCUCGCUACAAAUACAAUCGUAGUAGAAAUACCAAUUUAUAUUCUCCUCUGAUUUUAAUUGCAAAAGAUAUAUCGUCUUCAUCCUCUUAUUACUCCACCUUUGCAUAUACUAAUACUAACAGUUUUACCAAAUUUAAAAUCCACCAGAAUCAUACUCACCCGCGCUUGCUACUCCUAUAUAAUAAUGAUACCAUUAAUAUCGGGAUUGGUUCUUCGCUGUCAAACUCACACCGCCAAUUCCAACCUGCCUGCUUAUUACUCAACUUUCAAUCCUCCAAUCGCCCCCGAUCCCCCGCCAUGCCCGAUCUACUCACCAAUGCCGCCGCUUCUUCCCACCGCCUUCGCCACCUCAGCUCUCUCGCAGCUCCUCCGCCCUCUCUAAUGAAUGCCCUUGCUUCCGAGGAAAACGAUCUCGUUAUCCCCAAUCCCGAUUUCUCUGCCCAGGCUCACGUCCCCUCCCCCGCCAAGUAUCUCGAUAUGUACAAACGAUCCAUUGAGGAUCCUGCCGGAUUCUGGUCCGACAUUGCUUCUCAGUUCUACUGGAAGCAAAAAUGGGAUACUCCUGUUUACUCUGAGAAUAUGGACGUUAGCAAGGGCAGAAUCAACAUUGAGUGGUUCAAGGGUGGGAUCACCAACAUAUGCUACAACUGUUUGGAUGCUAACAUUGCUGCUGGAAACGGUGAGAAGAUUGCUAUUUAUUGGGAAGGGAACGAGCUCGGUGCUGAUGCCACUCUCACUUACAACCAACUCCUCCACAAAGUUUGCCAGCUUGCAAAUUACUUGAAAGACAUCGGUGUCAAAAAGGGUGAUGCCGUUGUCAUUUAUCUACCCAUGCUCAUGGAACUGCCUAUAGCUAUGCUUGCUUGUGCUCGCAUUGGUGCUGUUCACUCGGUUGUUUUUGCUGGAUUCUCAUCUGAAUCUCUUUCCCAAAGGAUCGUGGAUUGCAAACCAAAGGUUGUGUUAACCUGCAAUGCUGUAAAAAGAGGACCCAAGGUCAUCCAUCUAAAAGACAUAGUUGAUGCGGCACUAGCUGACUCUGCAAAGAACGGCACAGUUGUAGAUGUUUGCUUGACCUAUGCAAAUGAAUCUGCUUUGACGAAGGAAAGCACUAAGUGGGUCGAGGGACGAGAUAUUUGGUGGCAGGACAUUCUUUCUAAGUAUCCGAAUUCUUGUGAUGUGGAAUGGGUUGACGCAGAAGACCCACUUUUCUUGCUUUAUACCAGUGGGAGCACCGGAAAACCCAAGGGAGUUUUGCAUACAACUGGAGGUUACAUGGUGUAUACAGCUACAACAUUUAAGUAUGCAUUUGACUAUAAACCAUCUGACGUAUACUGGUGUACAGCUGAUUGUGGUUGGAUUACUGGGCAUAGCUAUGUCACUUAUGGGCCUAUGCUGAAUGGAGCAACUGUUGUUGUCUUUGAAGGGGCUCCUAACUAUCCUGAUUCUGGACGAUGCUGGGACAUAGUUGACAAAUACAAGGUUUCUAUAUUCUACACUGCUCCGACAUUGGUGCGAUCAUUAAUGCGUGAAGGAGAUGAGUUUGUUACCCAAUACUCACGGAAAUCCCUGCGAGUCCUUGGCAGUGUAGGAGAACCAAUUAAUCCUAGCGCAUGGAGAUGGUUUUUCAAUGUGGUUGGAGACUCACGAUGCCCCAUUUCUGACACAUGGUGGCAGACGGAGACUGGGGGCUUCCUGAUCACCCCUUUACCAGGUGCUUGGCCUCAGAAACCGGGUUCCGCUACCUUCCCAUUUUUUGGGGUCCAGCCUGUCAUAGUGGAUGAAAAGGGUGCUGAACUUGAAGGUGAAUGCAGUGGAUACUUGUGUGUUAAAAGCUCUUGGCCGGGUGCAUUCCGAACGCUUUAUGGAGAUCAUGAAAGAUAUGAAACAACUUAUUUCAGUGCCUUCCCUGGCUAUUAUUUCAGUGGAGAUGGUUGCAGAAGGGACAAGGAUGGAUACCACUGGCUCACUGGCAGAGUUGAUGAUGUUAUUAACGUCAGUGGACAUCGUAUUGGUACUGCAGAAGUGGAAUCUGCCUUAGUUUCACACCCCCAGUGCUCUGAAGCAGCUGUUGUUGGUGUUGAGCAUGAGGUCAAAGGACAAGGCAUAUAUGCAUUUGUUACUCUGGUUGAAGGUGUUCCUUACAGUGAUGAUCUCCGGAAAAGUCUCAUUUUAACUGUGAGAAAGCAGAUUGGAGCAUUUGCAGCUCCAGACAAAAUCCACUGGGCUCCUGGUCUACCAAAGACGAGAAGCGGAAAGAUAAUGAGAAGAAUUUUGAGGAAAAUUGCUUCACGGCAGCUAGACGAGCUUGGUGAUACAAGCACACUUGCAGAGCCUGGAGUUGUUGAUCAGCUGAUCGCACUUGCUGAUUCCUGAUCUGUGUUAUACCAUUUUACUACAGGACCCAUGUUGUUAUACCAGUUGUUUUAACAUUUGACUUGCGGAAAUUGGUCGGGGCCAAUAAAUAUAGUUGAACAGUUUUGUUCCAACAGUUAGAUUGCCAGUCGCUACAUUGAUGAAUAAAGUUUUGCAAUUGGUGAACAAAUUUGAUUU